AUGUUAUUUAUAAUACUUUUUGUGAAUUAAGUUCUCAAUUUGUAAAUAGGAAAAGUUACCUUCGAUGUUCUGUUUCCUCAUGAUAAGAGAUUGGCUUUUGUUUAGUUUGACUAAAAAUUCGAAUCAAUUCCAUAAGUCGGCAUAUCCUUGAUAGCAUUACACGUUAACAAUGAGGUUCCAAGAACUAUCGGGAUUGAACCUAAACUACUAUAAAUCACUCAAUAAGGUAUGAGACAUAUUUUUAUAAAGGAUUUUAAUUCUAGAUAACGAAUCAUAAAUCAAAAAUUGAUCAUCUCGAAUAUCAGUGGUUGGCAGUGAUUGAUGAUAGAUUGAAAGUAAAUUGUGAGACCAUCCAAAAAAGCACCACAAUCAAUUUUGGAAGGUAAGAAAAUAAUAAUAAUUGUAAAGAGAAUUUUGGGUGACACCAACUGUGCAAAUAUUUUUGGCAGGAUUUCAAAAAGAAUCAUAAAAAGGUGAUUUGAAGUUUUAAUUAUCAAUAACCAGAUAAUAAGCUAAUAGUUUUGAUGUUACACUCAAUAAUUAAUCUGAACAUGUUUUAAAAGACUUACUUAUUUGGUAUUAAAAAUAUUCUAAUACAUGAUAGUUACAUAGCAGGACCAUAAAAUGUUGUCAAAUCAAAAUCGUUAAUAAAUAUCAAUUAAAAGACCGAUGAGUUUGUAGAUUUGGAAGGAACUCCACAAAAUUUGAUUUAUGGAGUAAGCAAGAUCUCUAACUUUUAUGGGGCCUUGAUGAUUCAAUUGGGAAAAUUUGAAUAUGAGUAAGAAAAGCCAGGCGUAGGGAUAAGUAAGAGAUGCAUAUUAGUGUUUGUUAGGUUAAAUCGAUAUGACUUUGGGAUUGAUAUAAAAUGAUGGGUUGUUGUGUCCAUAGGGGUAUUAUGAGUGUAAUUUCAAUGGAGUAUCAAUUGAUUUGUGUGAGAGUACAAGUGGUUCUUAGUCUUGGAAGAGGAUUAAAUCAAUAAAGAGUAGGAAAGGAUGGAAUGGGAAAUUCAAAAUUGAUGGAAAGACUUUAAAGACUCAAGAUGCAAGUUGCAUUUAAGACAUUCAAUUAUAUUUGGAAGAGUGAAGAGAGUGGUAUAAGAU